UCUCUGUCGACUUCUGUUUUUGGCCAUGCUUGGAAGUGGGAUUGACCUUAACACUUUGAGGUCUUAAGGAACGCUUAAUGAAUUGAUGUGAAGAAAAAUAAUAAUCGCUUCAUUUCUGUUGCAGCCUAAUCACAGACCACCCCGUUUUCCCCAGCCUUAGGGGAGGGAGCGUUCAAUAAAAGUCUGUGUAAACUGAUGCCCAGGCCGUAGUACUUCGAAGGAGCGCCAAUCGAACAAGUUAAAACGGAACAGAGUAACCUCAAAGAGCAGCCCUCGAAACAAAACUGCUCAAACCGACCAACGCACGGGAUCGCGAUGGCUCUGCUGGAGCGGAUCCUGAAAGCCCGUCCGAGCCCGGCGGCCGGGCGGAGCGGGCUUCUGGGCGGCUGGGACGCUGGGCAGCCCCGGCCCGCGGGCUCCGGGCUCCCGGUGCGGGCGCGGGCCGAGGACAAAGGAGCGGGGCGGCCAGGGGUGUCGCAGGCCGGGGGCCGGGCACAGGGGCCCCGAAGCCUCGCCGCCAUGCCGGGGCCCCGGACGCUCGCCAACCUGGUGGAGUUCUUUGGGAAGGACGGCUUCAGCCGCAUCCACGAGAUCCAGCAGAAGCACACUCGGGAAUACGGGAAAAUCUUCAAGUCUCACUUCGGUCCUCAGUUUGUAGUGUCUGUUGCAGACCGCGACCUGGUGGCUCAGGUGCUCCGAGCGGAGGGGGCUUUGCCCCAGAGAGCCAACAUGGGGUCCUGGCAGGAGUACCGAGACUUGCGGGGCAGAUCCACUGGCCUUAUCUCUGCGGAGGGUGAACAGUGGCUCAAGAUGAGAAGUGUGUUGAGACAAAGAAUUCUGAAACCGAAAGAUGUGGCCAUUUUUGCAGGAGAAAUCAACCAAGUUAUUGCUGAUUUAAUUAAAAGAAUCUACUUCCUCAAGAGCCAGGCAGAAGAUGGAGAGACACUGACCAACAUCAAUGACCUUUUCUUCAAAUACUCAAUGGAAGGAGUGGCCACCAUCCUUUAUGAAAGUCGUCUGGGCUGCCUGGAGAACAGCAUCCCGCAGGCGACCGUGGAUUACAUCGAGGCCCUGGCGCUCAUGUUCUGCACGUUCAAGACCUCCAUGUACGCCGGUGCCCUCCCUAGGAGGCUCCGCCUGCUCGUCCCCAAACCCUGGCAAGACUUCUGCAGGUCCUGGGAUGGACUCUUCGAAUUCAGCCAAAUUCAUGUUGACAACAAGCUGAGGGACAUAAGGUGCCAGAUGGAAAGAGGGGAGAGAGUGAGAGGAGGGCUGCUUACCUACCUCUUCCUCAGCCGGGAACUGACCCUGGAGGAAAUCUACGCCAACAUGACCGAGAUGCUGCUGGCCGGUGUAGACACAACAUCGUUCACGUUGUCCUGGGCAGUGUACCUCCUCGCAAGGCAUCCAGAAGUGCAACAGGCCCUGUACCGGGAGAUCGUGAGGAAUCUGGGGAAAAAGCAUGUUCCCAUGGCCGCAGACGUCCCCAAAGUCCCGCUGGUCCGAGCUCUGCUUAAGGAAACCUUGAGGCUGUUUCCAGUGCUGCCGGGGAAUGGCCGGGUCACCCAAGAGGACCUGGUUGUUGGAGGGUAUCUGAUUCCCAGAGGCACCCAGCUGGCCCUCUGCCACUAUGCCACAUCCUAUGAGGAUGCGAACUUCCCUCGGGCCAAGGAGUUCCGGCCUGAGCGCUGGCUGCGGCAAGGAAGCCUGCGCAGGGUUGACAAUUUUGGGUCCAUCCCCUUCGGCUAUGGGGCUCGAAGCUGCAUCGGGCGGAGGAUUGCAGAGCUAGAGAUCCACCUGCUCGUGAUCCAGUUGCUUCAACAUUUUGAGAUCAAAACGUCUCCUUGGACUAAAACUGUUCAUGCAAAAACCCAUGGGCUUCUGAUGCCAGGGGAGCCCAUCCACGUGCGUUUUGUUAACAGGAAGUGAGCCUGGAGUUUUUCACCCAGCCACCAGACCGACACACAGCAGGUGUUUGUGGGCCAUGGAUGACGGCAGGGGAGGAAAGAAUCCCUUCUCAGGCGAUCUUGGUAAUAGACUGGCCUCCUUGGUCCUGGGAAGCUUUGAAAUCUUUUUGCAAAGUAAUGUGAGAAGAUUACUUUUGCAUUCUAGAGUUGCCUUUUUUGUUGUUUGUUUUUUGAGUAACAGCUGUUGAGAAGCCAGUGGCACUGAAUUCUCACGCCUCAUAUGGUGUCUUGCCCUUGGACUUACCCAUAAUCUCCUCUGCAUUUGGGCCAGGAAGCGUUGGUAUACUUACAGAUUCAGUGCUUGAACAUACCUUCUCUGAUACUGCAUCAGGACUGCAUGUUAGGACAGAAUUCCAACUUCUUAUCUUGAAGAGGAAACAUUAGAGGCUUCUGUAGAACAGACCUGUGGUUGCCAAGGAGGGUGGGUGAGGGAGAGAAAGGCUGGGGAUGUAGAAUUAACUGUAUAGUACAGGAAACUGUAUUCAGUAUCCUGGGAUAAGCCAUGAUGUAAAGGAAUAUGAAAAAGAAUGUACAUAUAUGUAUAACUGAAUCACUUCACUGUACAGCAGAACUUAACAUUGUAAAUCAACUAUAAUUAAAUAAAUUUUUAAAAAGAAUGCUUCUGUAAUACCAUAACUAUGGGAAAUGACUCAUAUGGGGAUUUGGGCCCACAUGCCAGGACUUGAACACAGCCUAAAUCUGAUUGGAACUUGAACCAAUGGUCUUUUAAUUAGAAUCACUCACCUGGGUCUAGACUUACUGAGGCUCAGGUUCUUUGUGUCUCAGGGCAGGAAGAAUUCAAUGAGAGACAGAGUAAUAGGUAAGAGGUGGGUUUGUUUAUAGAGAUACACAUUGCAUAGACAGCAUGCAGUCUGUCUCAGCAGGCAAGAGUGGCCUGGGGAGAAACACUCCCUGUUCUCCUCCCGGCCAGAUUCUAAACCUCCUGCCUAACUUCCUGUUGUUCCCACCCUCGUGUGUGGGAUUCCUCCCUGUGUGUGCAGUCCUGUGUGGGGAUUUUUUCAGGUGACGAGCUAGGCUCUGGUCUCCGGACCCUGCAGACUCUGAGUGGGGGAUGAGAUCAAGCUUCCACUGAGAGGCUCUGGAAGGCAGCUGCCCCCCCACCCCCCCAGCACUUGUCUGUCGAGGGUUGUAGCCCCCAGUCUGGGGUUAGGGAGGAGAAUGUGGGGGUCCCUGCCAUGCACUGUUUGCUGUUUGCAGCCAUGGCACCCUCACUGGGAAAGAUACAGUCCAAGGGGAAGUCCUUGCUCCUCAGUCACCGCUCCUGUCCACAGAGCUGGGUCUGGCCUUUGAGCUGACAGUGUAGACAGGACCUGCUGACGAGGGUGUCUGUGCUUGGCUUUCUCAUUCUUUCACAGCCGAGGCAGUGCUGGUAUAGAAUGGACCCUGAUCCCUCCCUCGAGUGGGAUGGGAUUGGGUGGGGAGCAGAUCCUGACAGACACUUCGAGCCCCACCCAUUGCCAUGUCUUCUAGUUCUGCAAACCUUUUAUUUAAAGUGCUAAUUUAAUAGUACUGGGAUCUGUAUUGCCCGGGAAAUCCCAUGGACAGAGGAGCCUGGCAGGCUACAGUCCACAGGGUUGCAAGAGUCGGGAUAUAACUUAGUGAUUAAGCAACAACUGUAUGAUGUGGAAACUUGCUCUGUGGCUUCAUACAGGGUUAAUUUAUGAAAAUGUUCCAUGAUGCUUGCUGGAUGAAGGGCUCCGUAUCUGUCUUAUCAUGCCAGGCUUGCUAUUGUGCUGCUGGAAACACCUGUAUGCUUCCUAAUGUUUGCCUCUCCAUCAUUAAGAAUGGUGUAUUAAAAAUUCCCACUCUAAUUGUGGAGUUGUCAGUUUUUGCAUAAUGCAAUUUCAGUUCAUGUUUAUUAGGUGCAUCUGAGUAUUAUUUUAUCUUUCUGGUGAACUGUCCCAUUUAUCAUCAUGUAGUAACUCUCUUGAUCCCUCCAGGUACUUGGGCCUUAGAGUUUGUUUUUAUCUGACAGUGAUUUAGGUAUUCCAACUUUAUUUUAUUUGCCUGGCACUUCUAAGUCUAUUAAUUCCCUUUCCCCACUAGUCUUUUACUUUUAAUCAUAUUGUCUUCCUUUUGUUUUAGAUAUGUCUCUUGUAAACAGAAUGUAGCUGGAUUUUUUUAAAAAUCCCAUUUGGUGAUCUCUGUCAUUUAACUCUUUAAAAAAAAAAAAUUAUUUAAUUGAGGUAUACUUGGUUUACAAUGUUGAAUCACAACAAAGUGAUUCGGUUGUACAUAUCUAUACAUACAUUGUUUUUCAUAUUCUUUUCCAUUAUGGUUUAUCACAGGAUAUUGAAUAUAGUUCCCUGUGCUAUACAAUAGGACCUUGUUGUUUAUCCAUUCUAUGUGUAGUAGUUUGCAUCUGCUAACCCCAA